AAAGCGACAUUCUUUUUGUAUAUUGUAAUUUCUUUUUGUUCUUUGUUUGUUGAGAAGCAUUGAGAGAGCAAUCAAAUCAAAUUGGGAGCUGACUGUGUGUGGCCAUGGCAGCAGUAGUGAGCUACUGCAAGCCUUCGCCCUUUCUCGGCCAAUUCUCAUCUUACUCUGGAAAAUCAUCAUCCAGACCAAGAGUCAGUAAUUUUGUGCAGGAACACAAAAUUACUGCACUAUUUUGGGGAUCAAAGAAGUCACAAGAGCCAAAAGUAUCAGACUUUUCACUUGAGGAUUUCACUCUAACAGGGUCAGGCUCAGAGGAAGGUUCAGGGAACCAAGUGAUACCCAAAAAGAUAUCAGUUUCAGUGAUUUCUUCUAUUUCUGAGGUCUCACCAGAUGAAUGGGAUGCCUGUAAUCUGGACGCUACAGGCCCUGAAAAACUCAAUCCAUUUCUUACCCAUGGUUUUCUUUCAAGCUUGGAAGAGUCACGUUGUGCUGUGAAGGAAACUGGAUGGAUGCCUAGCCACAUUGUUGCAAAGGAUGAUUGUGAAAAUGUUGUAGGCGUUGUUCCACUCUAUCUUAAGAGCCAUUCAUAUGGUGAAUUUGUUUUUGAUCAUUCAUGGGCUGAUGCCUACUAUGGUUUUGGAUCAAGAUAUUAUCCAAAGUUCCAAUGCUGUGUACCUUUCACUCCGGUAACUGGUCCAAGAAUAUUAGUCCGCAAUACGUCAUUUAGAGAUCAAGUUUUUGACAUUAUAGUUUCUUCCCUAAAGGAUCUGACGGUGAAGUCCCAGGUUUCAUCGCUGCACAUUACCUUUCCCUCAGAAAAGGAGUGGCACAAACUGAAGGAAAAAGGAUUCUUGCAGAGGAUCGCAAUGCAGUACCAUUGGAAAAAUCGUAAUUAUAAAAAUUUUGAUGAGUUCUUGAUGGAUAUGAAGCAAAGUAAAAGGAAAAAUAUUCGUCAAGAACGCAAAAAGAUUGCAACACAAAAUUUGACCAUGAAACGGCUUCGGGGUUAUGAAAUAAAGGCUAGACAUUGGGAUACCUUCUAUGACUUCUACAGGAACACCACUGAUAACAAGUGGGGCACUCCUUAUCUAACAAAAGAUUUCUUCCACACCAUGGGAUCAAAGAUGGGAGAUCAGGUAUUACUUGUUGUUGCUGAAGAAGGGGAUGAACUCGUUGCAGGAGCUCUCAAUCUUAUUGGUGGGGAUACUCUAUAUGGGCGUCUAUGGGGAUGUCAGCCGAGAGCCUAUUAUCCUAGUUUGCAUUUUGAAGCAUGCUAUUACCAGGCCAUAGAAGCAGCCAUUGAACUUAAUCUGAGCACAGUUGAAGCAGGAGCUCAGGGUGAACAUAAAAUUCAGCGCGGUUAUCUGCCUGUGACAACCUAUAGUUGCCAUUACCUAGUUGACGAAGCUUUCAGGAAAGCUAUAGGGGAAUUUCUCGUGCGAGAAGCAUCUCAGGUACAUCUUGUAAUGAAACUAAUACGUGAAUCUGCUCCCUUCAAGGAGAGUAUAAUGAAUGAUUAGUCAGUCUUUAUGAUAAUUCUGUAUUUAUCCUUUCAUUCAAAUCCAUAAUUAUAGUUAAAAAAUCUUAGUUUCAAGAAUCUGUACAUAGAUACAACAACAUCUAUUGCCAAUCCUUAUUUAGCAUUCAAAAUGACGGUAUAAAGAAAAGUUUCAUCA